AAGAAGAGUGUUUUCGCCAUGAACGAGGAUUCGCACGGAAUCAUGUGGAUUAUUCUGGCCGUUCUAUUCAUCUUCUCCACACCCAAAGUGGAAGCUGCGACAACUGAUGCUGAUCUCAAAGGACCCGUUUUCUUGAAAGAGCCAACAAAUCGCGUGGACUUUUCCAAUUCGACAGGAGCCGUGGUGGAAUGCAAGGCCAGUGGAAAUCCUCCGCCUGAGAUAAUUUGGGUGCGCAGCGAUGGCACAGCCGUUGGUGAUGUUCCUGGAUUGCGUCAGAUACAACCGAAUGGCAAUUUGGUCUUCCCACCGUUCAGAGCCGAAGACUAUCGUCAGGAAGUUCAUGCUCAGGUCUAUGCGUGUCUGGCGAAGAAUCAGAUCGGAUCCAUCAUUUCCCGGGACGUGAAUGUGCGCGCUGUUGUACAGCAAUUCUAUGAGGCUGAAGUGAACAAUGAAUAUGUAAUCAGAGGCAAUUCGGCUGUGCUAAAGUGCUCAAUUCCGUCAUUUGUGGCGGAUUUCGUGAGUGUCCUGUCGUGGCAGGAUGACAAUGGGAAUACAUAUGGAUCUGCCAUGGAUGAUCUGCACGCCAAUGCCAAGGACGGUAAAUAUUUAGUAUUGCCGUCUGGAGAGCUUCACAUUCGCGAAGUUGGACCUGAGGAUGGAUACAAGAGUUAUCAGUGCAGGACGAAGCAUCGAUUGACAGGCGAGACACGAUUGAGUGCAACAAAGGGUAGAUUGGUCAUCACAGAACCUGUUGGAUCUGUGGCGCCGAAGAUAGCAGGAUUUCGACUGCAGGAAGCGACAAUUCGCGAAGGAAGUACAACGUCGAUUCUGUGCUUGGGACAAUCCUUUCCCACCCCCAGUUUUAGAUGGUACAAAUUCAUCGAGGGCACAACGAGGAAACAGGCUGUGGUGCUCAAUGAGCGCGUGAAGCAAGUCUCCGGGACACUGAUCAUCAAGGAUGCCGUGGUGGAGGACAGCGGAAAGUAUCUGUGCGUGGUGAACAACUCCGUUGGCGGCGAGAGUGUGGAGACUGUGUUGACCGUGACGGCGCCACUUUCGGCCAAGAUUGAUCCGGCGAGCCAAACGAUUGACUUUGGGCGACCAGCUGUGUUCACAUGUCACUUCUCAGGGAAUCCCAUCAAGACCAUUUCGUGGAUGAAGGACGGAAAGUCCAUCGGCCACAGUGAUGCCAUUCUCAGGAUUGAGUCGGUGAAGAAGGAGGACAAGGGAAUGUAUCAGUGCUUCAUUCGCAACGACCAGGAAUCCGCAGAAGCCAGCGCUGAGUUGAAACUUGGAGGAAGAUUCGAUCCACCGGUUAUUCGUCAGGCUUUCACCGAUCAGGUUCUGCAUCCUGGGCCGUCGAUGUUCCUGCGCUGCGUGGCCGGCGGCAAUCCCACGCCUGAGAUCUCGUGGGAGUUGGACGAGAAGAAGAUUGUGAACAAUGACCGCUUCCAAGUGGGCCAAUACGUCACGGUGAAUGGCGAUGUUGUGUCCUAUUUGAACAUCACGGCGAUUCAUGCAAAUGACGGAGGACUGUACAAGUGUAUGGCGAGCAGCAAGGUGGGCGUCGCGACGCACUCGGCCAAAUUGAAUGUCUUUGGACUGCCGUACAUUCGACCGAUGGAGAAGAAGGCAAUUGUUGCCGGUGAAACACUCAUUGUCACUUGUCCCGUUGCCGGACAUCCGAUUGAGUCCAUUGUGUGGGAGAGAGACAAUCGCGCACUGCCAAUCAAUCGAAAACAGAAAGUCUUCCCCAACGGCACCCUUAUUAUUGAGAAUGUGGAGAGAAAUAGCGACCAGGCGACGUACACUUGCGUGGCGAAGAAUGCUGAAGGCUACAGCGCCAGAGGAGCUCUUGAGGUGCAAGUUAUGGUCCUUCCGCAAAUUGUGCCCUUUGAUUUUGGCACGGAAGUCAUCAACGAGAUGGACAUGGUGUCGGCGUAUUGCAGUGUGAACAAGGGUGAUUUGCCGGUGAACAUCUACUGGACGAGGAAUGGGAGGAAGGUGUUCACAAAUGAUGGCAUUCUUAUCAGCAAAACGAGUCAGAGGAUUUCGGUGUUGAGCAUUGAAUCCGUGCGUGAUCGUCAUUCGGGAAAUUACACGUGUUGGGCGGAAAAUAGUGCAGGAAGUGUUCAUCAGAGUGCACAAUUGCAUGUCAAUGUGCCACCGCGUUGGAUUCUUGAGCCAACUGACAAGGCAUUCGCACAGGGAUCAAAUGCCAAAGUUGAGUGCAAGGCUGACGGCUUUCCCAAGCCACAAGUCACGUGGAAGAAGGCAGUUGGAGACACGCCCGGAGACUAUAAGGAUCUGAAGGCGAACGACAAUAUUCGCGUUGAAGAUGGAACGCUGUUUGUGAACAAUAUUCAGAAGAACAACGAAGGCUACUAUCUCUGUGAGGCAAUCAAUGGCAUCGGCAGUGGAUUGAGCGCUGUGAUUCUGGUCAGUGUUCAGGCGCCGCCAGAGUUCACGGAGAAGCUGCGAAAUCAGACGGCGCGUCGUGGCGAACCGGCUGUGCUACAGUGCGAAGCGAAGGGUGAAAAACCCAUUGGUAUUCUCUGGAAUAUGAACAAUAAUCGCCUGGACCCGAAAAUUGACAAUCGCUACACAAUUCGCGAAGAAAUUCUCACCACAGGCGUAAUGUCGAGUUUGUCGAUUAAACGCACGGAGCGCACAGAUUCCGCACUGUUCACAUGCGUGGCCACAAAUGCUUUCGGCAGUGACGAUGCCAGCAUUAACAUGAUCAUUCAGGAGGUGCCGGAGAUUCCCUAUGCCCUCAAAGUGCUGGACAAGUCUGGAAGAACCGUGCAAUUGAGCUGGGCAAAGCCAUACGAUGGAAACUCUAACCUGGAUCGGUAUGUGAUUGAGACGAAGAGAUCGCGAGGCUCGUGGGAACACGAUGUGGAGCGUGUCUUUGUGCCGGGUCACACAAAUGAAGCUCAAGUGCAGAAACUCAGUCCUGCCACGACUUACAACAUCCGCAUCAUUGCUGAGAAUGCCAUUGGCGUGUCUGAUUCUUCCGAGGUGGUGACAAUCAUCACGGCCGAAGAGGCGCCGUCCGGAAAGCCACAGAAUAUCAAGAUCGACCCAAUCAGUCAGACUGCCUUGCGCGUAUCCUGGAAGCCACCGCCGCGCUCUGAAUGGAACGGCGAGAUCCUCGGCUACUAUGUCGGCUACCGACUGAGCAGCACCAAUUCCUCCUACAUCUACGAGACUGUGAAUUACGUGACAGAGGAGGGAAAGGAGCAUAGCCUGGAACUGAAUAAUCUGCGCACCUACACACAAUACUCGGCCGUGAUUCAGGCAUUUAACAAGGUCGGCGCCGGACCGAUGAGUGACGAGGAGAAGCAGUACACGGCCGAAGGGACGCCAGAUCAGCCGCCCAGUGACACAACUUGCACCACUCUCACGUCCCAGACGAUCCGCGUGUCGUGGGUCUCGCCGCCGCUGGAGUCCGCCAACGGCAUCAUCAAGGGCUACAAAGUGGUUUAUGCGCCGAGUGAUUUGUGGUAUGAUGAUAAGAACAAGGACUACAAGAAGACGGCUUCGAGUGACACAGUUCUGCAUGGUCUGAAGAAGUACACCAACUACACAAUGCAAGUUCUGGCCACCACAUCGGGCGGCGACGGUGUUCGCAGUGCGGCUAUUCAUUGUCAGACAGAGCAGGACGUUCCGGAGGCACCGACAGAUGUUAAGGCGUCUGUCAUGUCCAAUAAGGCUAUUCUCGUGUCCUGGCGACCACCGACUCAUCCCAAUGGCGUCAUUCUGCAGUAUGUCGUGUAUGUGAAGGCGAAGGACAGCGAGGGAGAGCCAACGGGACAGAAAGUGCCGUCCUACCAGAUGAGUCUGGAGUCGUCUGGACUGGAAGUGAACAAGCCGUAUGAGUUCUGGGUGACGGCGAGCACGGUGAUUGGUGAGGGACAGCCCAGCAAGACAACAUUGGCGAUUCCCAAUGACAAAGUUCCGGCCAGGAUUGCUUCCUUUGACGAUACUUUCACUGCCACUUUCAAGGAGGACACGAAACUGCCAUGUUUGGCUGUUGGAGCGCCCACGCCGGACAUCAAGUGGAGAAUCAAGGGUGUUGCAUUCACGCCUACGGACAGAAUGCGCCAAUUGCCAGAGGGUUCGCUGUUCAUCAAGGAGGUGACGCGUCAGGAUGCCGGCGAGUACACGUGCACAGCUGAAAACUCCAUUUCCCGUGACUCAAUCACGCACAAAUUGAUCAUAUUGGCGCCACCACAAUCGCCACAAGUCACGCUCACGACCACCACCACGGAUUCACUGACGCUGAAGCUGAAGCCUCACGACGCGGACACGGCGCCUCUGCAUGGUUACACGCUGCACUACAAGCCGGAGUUUGGCGAUUGGGAUACAGUGGAAGUGGCUGUGGAUGCCCAGAAGUACACCAUUGAGAAUCUAUUCUGCGGCUCGCGAUAUCAAGUGUACGCAACGGGAUACAAUACAAUUGGCGCUGGUGAGGCGUCGGACAUCCUCAAUACGCGCACAAAGGGAUCCAAGCCAAUUCUGCCGGAAAUGUCCCGCUUUAUCGAUGUGUCAUCCAACUCCAUCACACUCCGUUUGCCAUCAUGGAAGGACGGUGGCUGUCGCAUGUCGCAUUUUGUGGUGGAGCACAAGAAAAAGGAUCAAACGGAAUGGAAUCAGAUUUCGAAUAAUGUGAAGCCAGGUGGAAACUUUGUGGUGCUCGACUUGGAGCCGGCAACUUGGUACAAUCUCAGGAUAACAGCGCACAAUAGUGCCGGAUUUACAGUAGCUGAAUAUGAAUUUGCCACGCUUACAGUGACGGGAGGGACAAUUGCACCCCCGCGCAAAUUACCUGAUCUCACUGCUGAGGACACCCUACGCAUCAUCCUGUCCAAUUUGAACCUAGUGGUACCUGUAGUUGCCGCGAUACUAGUUAUAUUAAUUGCCAUAAUUGUGAUUUGUAUCCUGCGUAGCAAGGGACAUCACCACAAAGAUGAUGUAGUUUACAAUCAAACAAUGGGACCGGGAGCCACGCUGGACAAGCGCCGGCCGGACCUCAGGGAUGAGUUGGGCUACAUUGCGCCGCCCAACAGGAAGUUGCCACCUGUGCCGGGCUCCAACUACAACACCUGCGACCGCAUCAAGCGAGGCCGUAGUAUGAGAUCUAAUCACUCCACCUGGGAUCCGAGGAGACCUCUGUAUGAGGAACUGAAGCCACCGCCGAUUCCCAGGAGACACCAUGGCUCAGACGAGUGCUAUCAUCCGCACGGCGCAGGUAUGGAGGAUGAGAUCUGCCCGUACGCCACGUUCCACUUGCUGGGCUUCCGCGAGGAGAUGGAUCCCACGAAGGCAAUGAACUUCCAGACGUUCCCACACCAGAACGGUCACGGCGGACCCGGACAUGUGGGCACAAUGGGACCGCCGGGAACGAUGCAACAUCCUGGCCACGUGCACUCACGCUCGGGCUCCCAAUCGAUGAACCGCUAUGCGCGCAAGAAUAGCCAAGGUGGUCAGAGUUCAAUCUACACGCCGGCUCCGGAGUACGAUGAUCCCGCCAAUUGUGCCGAGGAGGAUCAAUAUCGUCGCUACACUCGCGUGAAUUCUGGUUCUCUCUAUGGCGGCCCGGGAGGUCCUGAAUAUGACGAUCCGGCCAAUUGCGCUCCCGAGGAGGAUCAGUAUGGCUCGCAGUAUGGCGCUCCGUAUGGCGCCCCGUACGACCACUAUGGCUCUCGUGGCUCCGUGGGGCGCCGCAGCGUGGGUUCCACCAGGAAUCUGCCCAAUGGCUCACCCGAGCCGCCGCCACCGCCGCCGCGCAACCACGCCGAGAGCAACUCCUCGUUCAAUGAUUCCAAAGAGAGCAACGAAAUAUCAGAGGCUGAGUGUGAUCGCGAUCACGGACCGCGUGGAAAUUAUGGAGCCUUAAGGUCUCCUCAUCAGAAGGAUGGGCGCACAACUGAAGAAAUGCGCAAAUUGAUUGAGAGAAACGAAAUCGGCUCCAAAUACCAACAACAAAGUGGCGCCGCCGGACUCACAGCCUACGAUACUCUGGCAGUGUAAUUUAUAAGAUGGUCAAACGGAGGCAGGAUCGCGAUCGACCGAGGACUUUUUGCCAUCACAAGCGAGUCUCUUACGUUCGUAAGUCUUAUAAUAUUUAUAAUAUUGAAAGGAGAAAAACUAUAUAUUCUUUAAAUUAUGACUCUCGAGAGACACACAUAAUAUUUAUACAAAGAAAGAAAGAGAAAAAAAGAAGAAAUUUUGGUGCCAAAGAAAUUUGCUCCAUUUCUCAGUUUUAUUUUUUUAAUUGUCAUAAUUCUCUGCCAAUGAUUUAUGAUUUAUCCUAAGCGUGGAAGAGAGAUCGCGAUCAAAAAGUUAUGAUGAGACGAAUGAAUAUGAUUUUUUCACAACUAUACAACUAUAAUACAAAAAAACAACAACAACAACUAUGGCUAAUGCAGAAUCUUAAAGUCUCUCUUUGUAAUGGAUUUUUGUAAUUUUUCAGAUGAAGAAACACUUUUGUAUAAUCGAUGUGUGAAGGGAAAGCGAGAAGAAAUAUGAUUUUUUCUUUUUCGCUCCAAAUUUUUUCUUACUGUAAUUGUGUAAAUUUAUUUUUGAAUUUAUUUUUGUUACUCCCAGUGACACUUUUCAAAAGUGUGUCGAUUUUUUCUCAUUGUGCGCGUGCAAGAAUUUUUUUUUUGUAUAUGAAGAAUUGACAUUGUUCACAGAAGAAGAAAAAUAAAACAUAGAGAAGGGGUUAGAAAAAGAGGAUCUUUUAGUAAAGAUCAUUUGACUAUUUUGUAGAAAUUGUAAAGUGGAAAAAUAGACAGAUAUAUAUAUAUUUUAGAAGGAAUCAAUUUUAUAGAAUAUUUUAAUUUGCAUUUAUUUU